CCCAGCUUUAACAACUAAUCACUAACCCAACCACCCUUCACUAACAUUAACUAUAGUGCUACAUGACCUUAGAUGUCUAGCACACUUAUUUUGCUUUCAACCAUUAACCAUUACACAAUUCAAAAUAGAUGCGAAUAUAGUAAGUAGGGGCUGCCUUGCGUUUCGUUGGAAAAUACGGGAUACUUUAGUGCGAUACAAAGAAUACGCUCAAACGGAACGGGAACUGUCUGUAACAAUACGGUGACGCUCAAAUGUAAACAUUGACCCACUGUAUCUCGCUACAGGCCAUUCCGUUGAAAUUGUGCGCUUCGUAGCGCUGCGAAGUGCCCAACGGAACGCAAGGCGGGUCGCGGGCACGAGUAGUAGUAGUUUUCUCAGCUAUGACAUCGACUUCGCAGUUGCCUGCGAUCAUACCCGCCUGUGUGGACAAGCCUUUAGGUAAACAGCCGUUAUUUGUAGGCUUGUUCAUGACAUUAUAUUUUCGCUUGACCCCCCAAUCCUUUGCUCUAUGCUGCCGGGGGGGGGGGGGGGGGAGCUUAGGAUGCGGAGACUGGCCUAAUGUAGAUCACUCUACCUUGGACCUUCAGCUCUCGCCUCAACUAAUUUUGCAAUUUCUUUUCUCCCUCUUUCCUUUUCCUUCUCUUCAAUCCCUUUCUUCUGUCCCCUUAUCCAAAUCGUUAACUGAUAUUUACCCCUUUCGCCACAAUACUUUACCAUAUUGCUGAGUGAGCUUUGAUGUCUGGCAUAUUUAUUUGUUUUGACCGUUGGCCAUCCUGGAAAUCCACAAACAUCGCCUUACUGAACUUUGCUCUACGAGAAUUUUCAAUAAACCAAAUUUUUUUUUCGCGCGGGUCUUUGGAUACAAGUGGUCAUUAAAACCUGUUCACAAGGCCUCCCCACGUCAGGAAAUAUUUGUGGUUAUGGACUUAGGUUUCACUUUCAUUUCCAAUUGUAAAUAUUAAUGAUUGAAUAACUAUAUGGAGAGAAAAUGUGUGGUUACAAUAAUUCAUCAGUGUAAAAAAGAAGGCAACUGACAAGAUAUAGUUGAUUUUAACAUCCAAAGAGAGAUACGUACACUGAAAGUAAUACAUUGUAUUAAUACUGUAUACAAACGAGUAAUGUGAGAAAAAGCGAUGGUGUGUUAUACCAUCGCUUUAUAUAAAACUAAGUUGUAAUAGACGGAGGCUAAUUGUAUAUUCGCCUGUGUCACUGGUCAUUUUCAUCGAAAUUUUGCACUGAUUAUUCAGGAAACCUUUAUGUUUAUGGGCAUGUAUAUUUCCACAAGGUCUUGUUUAAAAAUUGCAGACCCAGUGACGUAAUAAUUAAUCUGGAUUUUAAAUAUGUUUACUCAAUAUUGUCUUACCUUAGUAUAGUGAACACAUGAAUAUUAAUACUUAUGACAUUUGAAUAAAAAAAAUAAAAAAAUGGGUAGUACUACACGUCUACAGAAUCUGUCAGAUUUACGCUGUCAUAUAUAUCUGGCAACUCAUUGUGGCAGUUACCAAUUGUCAUGCGCAAUGAAAUUUACUGUUAAGGGAACCUGGUAUUUUAUGUGUAACUGUAGCGUACGAGAAUAAAUAGGUAACGUUACUCUUACAGUCUUUCAAAUCGAUCUGGUUAAACACAGUACACUAGACAUUCAAAUAAAAAGCAGAAGAGGAAGAUAACCCAGUUACUGGCAACCGACGCGGGGGAAACAGCCGAGUAUACCAUAGCCUUCAACCAGAUCUUUGGCUGAGUGGUAGUCACGCAGGUUAAUCUGCGCCACCGCUAGUUUCUCCUUGGAUUUUAGGAGAACGACGCUGGAGUCGAAAAGAAAGAAGAGGCAAUAUCAUCAUCACUAACCGUGCAUGGCCAAGAUGAAGGCGCCCUCGGGAAGCAAAAAGAUCACGAAGGCCUGGCUGGAGUUCAUGCUGGCGGAAUACGAGAGUAAGGAGCGGCCCGGAACCAGUGUCUCCGUCGCGGACUUCUCCGUCAAGCAAGGAAUUCCUCCCGGGGAAGGGUUUAAUUCCGAACUAGUGCUCGUGGACAUCACGGCAGAGCUCUCGAGCGGGCCAGGCGACGCACAGGAGAAAACGUACCAUCUGGCCGCCAAGUUCCUUCACGUCGACCCAAUCGCCGCUGAACUCAACAGGAGGUUCCAGAGCCACAUCAAGGAGCUCCGCAUGUAUGCAGAGGUGGUGCACGAGCUCAACGCUUUCCUGGCUGCCGGAGUUCCGGAAGAGUCCCAGAUUUGUAUCCCGAAGAUGAUUUAUGGAAAGGAGAAUGGGAGCGAGUAUGUGCUGGUGAUGGAGAACAUCAAGGCCGCUGGCUACAUGACCAAUGACAAGAGAAAAGGCCUUGAUGUCGAUCAUGUCAAGAGGUCUGUUGAGGAAAUUGCAAAGGUCCAUGCUGUGUCUUACGCCUACAACAAAUCUCACAACUUCCUCGAAAAGUUUCCCUGUUAUCAGUUCAAAGCAAAGUACCUUAAUAUUAUCCCAGCAUUUCUGAAAUUCAGCUUGAAGAAUUGCGUUGCUUGUCUGAAUACAGUGAAAGGUAAGGAAGAACUUGCCCAGAAAGUCGGGAAAGCGCAUCCCAUUUUGUCCAAGAAAUUUCACGCUCUGUUCGACGAUUUCGGAAACGAGUGCUUAUGUCAUGGAGAUUUCUGGAACUGCAACAUUAUGUUCAAAUACCAACAGCAUGACGAUGGUCAAGAACAGACCCUUGAGGGAAUAAAACUUAUUGACUGGGGGAACUCUUCAUGGCAUAACCCCAUGAUCGACCUCCAGUACCUGCUCCACACCUCAACCACGCUAGAACUAAGGAAAACCCACAUCGAUGACAUCUUGCAAAAGUAUCACACCGUCUUCACGUCCCUCACCACCAAGCUCGGGGCGCCCUUGCCCCACUACAGCUACAGUGCCUUCCGGGAAGACUGGGAACGCACAGCCAUUUACGGGUUUAUCUUGGGUAACAUAACCAUCCAGGGAACUCUCAGCACAACGUAUUCUACGACUAAAAGUCAAGGACCCUCCAUACUCGACCACGGCGCCCUCACACCCAUCAGACUCGUAGUGAACAGCAUCAAGACCGGCAUGGCGAAGCUCAUUGGACCAAUCAUUUUGGGGAAAUUUGUGGGCAUAAUGCUGAAACCCAUACAGAGGGAAAUUUUAUCUGGAACGAAUGAAGUUUUGAAUGCGAGGCUGCUUGAUGUCCUGUGUGAGGCAGAUGAGAAAGGUCUCUUUGACGAAUAAUGGAUAUUGCGAAGAAAUCACUUGAAACAUUGGGAGAGUAAAGC